AUGACCGCGACGCUGACUGCCUGCGAAGCGGGGCAGCGCUGGCAUUCGGCCAUGAAGUUGCGCCAAGCGCUGGAAAUGCCAGGCCUCCAGACCGACGAGGCCAUGAACCUCCCUGUCAUGAGCUGCUGCGAGAGGUCAGCUUUCUGGACCAGCGCACUGCAGCUGCUGGAGGACAUGCCUCUCACCUACGGUGUCGGCAAUGCCGCCGUGGGCGCGUGCAGCCGGGCAAUGCAAUGGCUGCAGUCUAGCUUGCUCCUGAGCUUCCUACCCGAUCGAGAUGUGCUCUCGUUCGCAGCCUUCCUGGAAUCCUCAGAAAAGUUGCCUCCCGGUGGGACCAUGCUACGCCUCCUCCACGGCUGCGUCCCUGCAGCCCUCGCGAUGAAAGGAGUGGCGGAGCAGAACCUUAUGAUUCCCGAUGGUAAUACGUCCUGGCUAUAUGGUGGCUCUAUUUCUUCUUGGCUGGGCGGCAAAUGUCAGCCUGUUCGCCAGAUACCGCCGCUGCAUGCACUAAGCAUUCCGGUGGGCCCCGAAUCCAAAAAAGCUCAGCCGGUAGCCAUUUGGGCUCAAGGCGGCCACGAUGUGCCGCCAUCCAAGGUUCGCCGCUACUUUAGCCUCGAGCUGGGGACUGUGUUGGCGCUGCUCACGUUUGACCUCAAUGCGGAGGAUUUGCCGGAGAGAUGCCUGUUCACAGUGGGUACAGCUACGAACAGCAUCGAACAGCGAAAGAUGUUGGCUCAGAUUGCUAUCUACGUUUUUCGCUCGGGACAUGGAGGAUUGUCUACAAAUCAGUGCCGGAGUUGCGUUCUGCCCACUGAACUGGGCACGUCCUGGGUAUACGAGCACCUCGCUGGGCAGAGAGGACCGCCUGCUCGCCAAGAUGAUUUGCGUGCUGGAGGUCUGGACGUCAGUUCCUUGAUGCUUCUGCAGUGCCUCUUUCUCGAAAGCUUGACAGACUUUAUGGCACUUGGGUCGUGCAAUUCUACUCUCUGGCAGUCCAUACAAAACAUUCAGUUUUGGCACGAAGUGGACCUCCAUUUGACACAGCACCUGAGUGUUGCCUUUCGACGAACUCGCCUUUUUGAGAAUCUGCUCGGAGCUUGGACUAGGGGCAUCCGCAGUGUUUCUUGCCCACACUACUUUCUGCACUACCUCUCCGCACUGGACAAGAAGCUAAUUCUUCAUGGGUCAGGCGAGUAUCUGCCGAGCAUCAGUGGGAACAUCCUUGGCCCAGCCAGGAUCAUUUACUGGCGAUCUCACAGACAGACCUGCGGAGCGGUGACCUUGGAAUGCUCGCUUCCGACGGGUGCAUCGUUCCUGGUUCUUGCUCAUAGACGCGCAGAAUACGAGAGCAAUCCAGACAACAGAGAUGCGCCAGCCUUCCGUUGUCUGAGCGACCGCAUAGAAGAUGUGGAAGAGCAUGUGUGCAAUGCGUGUGCAGACAGCACCUUCGCAGCGGAACAUCUUCAUCAGCAGAUGGAGGACACCGCGAUCCAGCGGCUGAACCGAGCUAUAUUUGACAGCCUGGAGGUGCCCCUGCAUUGCUUGCCUGAGCUUGAUGGCAAAGCCAUGGACAAUGACUUCAUGUGUUGGCCAAUCACACCACUUCCCGAUGCACAGGUUGAGGUUGCAUUGACAAACCUCCCCUUCACGGUGAGAAUGCUGUUUGAUGUGUACAGGGCUCUGGACGAGCACAAACAUCAUGAACAAGGUUUCAUGUCAACCGACUCGGCGCUAAGAACCUGGCUUGGCUUGUCCAAGCGAGUGGACUAUGCCUCAGUUCUCCAUUUGUCAAAAGAAGAGCUGGUUAGCCCUCGCUCACUCGUCUUCUUCGCAUUGCUGAUCGCAGCCGUGCUGAGCAUGACUCGGGCCGCGGCCUUCCUCCACGGCGCUUCUCCGGAGCUGAUCGUCUUUGUGCUGGUUUGCUACGCCGUGGCGCUGCUGGCAGUGUGGGGCAUGCUUCCAAGGUCGUUGGCCAAGCACAGCCGCUGGAGGGAGCCUUUCGUGCAGGCGUUAUGGCGCUGUGCCUGGCCAGACACCUCGAAGGAGAUACCCUUCAUUGAAGUGCUUGUCGCCGAUGGGCUAACUUCCCUGGCGAAGCUUUUCUUCGACAUCACGAUGGGCUCUUGCAUCGUGGCUUCAUCUCACUUCGACACUGCCGCUCAGGUACAGCUGGGUGUCCGUGGCCUUGCUACGACAGGAAGCUUUCCGACGAUUAGACCACUCACGGGCGCGAGUCAUAUGGAGCUGGCAUCAGCGCUCGAUCAGUGCACUAGGUCCCCUCUGCCCUAUGCAGCUUGGGCACUGCCCUUCCUGAUCCGGGCGCGGCAGUGCAUCAUCACUUCGCGUCAUGCUCCGGAUGC